CUGUGCGGUUUAAGAGGAAUUUCCUCCCGCGAACGCUUCGGCUGUGGAAUGAGCUUCCUGCCGAGGUUUUCCCGAGGGGCUACAGUAUGGGGUUCUUCAAAAAAGGAGUGUACAGGUUUUUAAAGGGUCGGCAACGCGCAUGUGAUGCCUCUGGUGUUGCAGGCGUCCAUAGGCUACGGUGACUGCUUACCAUCAGGCGGGCCGUAUGCUUGUUUGCCACCGUCGUGGUAUAAAAAAAAAAAAUGUAGUGAUUGACUUUUCCCCUACACUUGCGGACGCUAGUUUGCGUGGCAGUCGUGCACAUAGCGAUUUUACAAGCUUUUUUUUUAAUUUACUUUCACCUGACCGUUGUCUGUUUGUAAUCAAAUCUUGCAAGUUAAAUUUGACCCACUUCCCGGUUUCCGAUGAAGCUGAAAAUUUGCAUACAUAUGUAAGUCGGGUGACAAUGCAAUAUUAUGGUACCAUCGAGCUGAUCUGAUGAUGGAGACAGGAGGUGGCCAUAGGAACUCUGUGAUAAAACAACGUAACCUAAUUGUGUUUGGGUUUUUUAGAAUUUUCUCGAUGAGUAUUAGUUACUUGUGGAAAGAAAAGUACAGUCAACUAUAAAAGCUUGUACCAAAAAUGAAAUUUUUGCCAUAAACUUAUUAAAAGAAUGAAUGAAAUGAAUAAGAUUUAAUAACUGAAACUCGAAUUGGCCUGUGAUACAUUGUAAUCUGGUUCCGGUGUGACAAAUCAGCCGUUUUAGUCACAUUUUAUAGCAAUAACAUGAUCAUUUUAUUAUUGUAUGUGUAGUUAUGACAUUGGCAACAAAAAAUAAUACCAGUGAGGUUAAAUCUCUGCUUUAGUAUUUUAAAUCUAUAAACACAUAUCGAAUGGUUUAAACUAUCCCCAUUUCUAAACUUAUUUUCAAUUUUUUUUUUUCAAAAAUCAAAAUUGUUCAGAUAUUAGUAUUAGGUGGAAAUAUGGAUAGUCACGAAGAGGAAAGUAAAGUGACCAGAAUAAGGAAUCCUUUUGAAAUAAUGCUAAAAAUGCGACGUGAAGCUCCGGGUUUUAAAAGAUGCUGUUUUUGUAUACCUUUGAGGAGAGGCCUGAUCAGUUGGGGAUAUUUAAAACUGGCUCUCGACUUGGUGGCGAUAUCUUUAGUGAUAUACAUAUUAACCGCAAUAAGUGUUUUGCACGUGAUACUAAUUAUAGAAAUUGUCGCUUUGGUUAUUGACAUGGUGUUCAACAUAUUGCUGAUCGUGGGCGGCCAUCUGAAAGCAGUGAAAUUACUCAAAGCAUCUUAUAUCUUCAGCCUGGUCUGGCUCGGGAUGCUAGUUCUGGGCUUCUUUUGGCAAACAUACGCCGAGAUAAGACUGGCUUUGGUCUUAAUGUCUUAUGGUAUGGAGUAUGGAGAUGUUGUAGUCAUAGCACUACCCGGAUUGAGCAUUAGUUUCGUUCAAAUUUGUCUGCAAAUAUACCUCAUACUGUUAAUACGCAGCGAGGUCAUCAAGCUUCAGGACCAAAGUCUGGAGAUGCAGUUCUCUAACCCUGCCUCUGCUGAAGCUGAGUGCACAAUGCACAUUACUGACACUAAAUAACUCAAUCUUCAACCCUUCCACUGCUGAGCUGUUCCGAUGCAUAAUAUCUUGAUUGACACAUAAUAGAGUAUAGUUGAAGGAGAGUAUGAGGAAAUCUAAUUGUUUUAUAAUAUAUGCAGUGACAAUAAAGGCAUUUGAAAUGAGAA